AAGCACAGCGGCGAUGGGGCCCGGACUUGGGGCUCCGGACGAGAUAGGACGCGCCCCUCCCGGCAGACGUGGCGGCGGAGGGCGCGACAAGCGGGCGGGGCAGAGGGCGGGUCCUGAGCUAGCUCUGCCCGGCUGCGGGCGCCCCCGCCCGGCUGGCGGGCGACAGCGAGCGCGGCGCCAUGGAGGCCACCGGGGUGCUGCCGUUCGUUCGCGGCGUGGACCUCAGCGGCAACGACUUCAAGGGCGGCUACUUCCCUGAGAAUGUCAAGGCCAUGACCAGCCUACGAUGGCUGAAGCUGAACCGCACCGGCCUCUGCUACCUGCCAGAGGAGUUGGCUGCCCUGCAGAAGCUGGAGCAUCUUUCUGUGAGCCACAAUAACCUGACCACACUGCAUGGUGAACUCUCCAGCCUGCCUUCGCUUCGGGCCAUCAUUGCCCGAGCCAACAACCUGAAGAAUUCUGGAGUCCCUGAUGACAUCUUCAAGCUAGAUGACCUCUCUGUCCUGGACCUGAGCCACAACCAGCUGACUGAGUGCCCACGGGAGCUGGAGAAUGCCAAGAACAUGCUGGUGCUGAACCUCAGCCACAACAGCAUUGACAGCAUUCCCAACCAGCUGUUCAUCAACCUCACUGAUCUGCUAUACCUGGACCUUAGCGAGAACCGCCUGGAGAGCCUGCCUCCCCAGAUGCGCCGCCUGGUGCACUUGCAGACUCUGGUGCUCAACGGAAACCCACUGCUGCACGCCCAGCUCCGGCAGCUCCCGGCUCUGACAGCUCUGCAGACACUGCACCUGAGGAACACACAGCGCACCCAGAGCAACCUGCCUACCAGUCUGGAGGGCCUGAGCAACCUCACAGACAUGGACCUGUCCUGCAACGACUUAGCACGUGUGCCCGAGUGUCUAUACACACUGCCUAGCCUGCGCCGCCUCAACCUCAGCAGCAACCAGAUUGAGGAGCUGUCACUAUGCAUUGACCAGUGGCUGCAACUGGAGACCCUCAACCUGUCCCGUAACCAGCUCACCUCUCUGCCCUCAGCCAUCUGCAAGCUGAGCAAGCUGAAGAGGCUGUAUCUGAACUCCAACAAGCUGGACUUUGAUGGGCUGCCCUCGGGCAUCGGCAAGCUGGCCAGCCUGGAGGAGUUCAUGGCUGCCAACAACAACCUGGAGCUCAUCCCUGAGAGCCUCUGCAGGUGUACAAAGCUGAGAAAGCUGGUCCUGACCAAGAACCGCCUGGUAACGCUCCCAGAAGCCAUCCACUUCCUGACAGAGAUCCAGAUCCUGGACGUACGAGAGAACCCCAGCCUGGUGAUGCCCCCCAAGCCUGCAGACUAUGCUGCUGAGUGGUACAACAUCGACUUCUCUCUGCAGAACCAGCUGCGGCUGGCAGGUGCUUCCCCUGCCACAGUGGCUGCUGCUGCAGCUGGGAGUGGCCCUAAAGACCCUCUGGCUCGGAAAAUGAGGCUCCGGAGACGCAAAGACUCAGCCCAAGAUGACCAGGCCAAGCAGGUGCUCAAAGGCAUGUCAGAUGUGGCCCAGGAAAAGAACAAAAAGCAGGAGGAGAGUGCUGAGGCCCAAGCCUCAGGUAGCAAGGCACGGCGCUGGGACCAGGGCCUGGAGAAGCCACGCCUCGACUACUCAGAGUUCUUCACAGAAGAUGUGGGCCAGCUGCCUGGACUUACUAUCUGGCAGAUCGAGAAUUUUGUGCCUGUGCUGGUAGAGGAAGCCUUCCAUGGCAAGUUCUACGAGGCUGACUGCUACAUUGUGCUCAAGACCUUUCUGGAUGACAGCGGCUCACUUAACUGGGAGAUCUACUACUGGAUUGGCAGCGAAGCCACACUCGACAAGAAGGCAUGCUCUGCCAUCCACGCUGUCAACCUUCGCAACUAUCUGGGCGCUGAGUGUCGCACCGUGCGCGAGGAGAUGGGCGACGAGAGUGAGGAGUUCCUCCAGGUAUUUGACAAUGACAUUUCGUACAUUGAGGGUGGGACAGCAAGUGGCUUCUACACUGUGGAGGACACACACUAUGUUACCAGGAUGUACCGUGUGUAUGGGAAAAAGAACAUCAAGCUGGAGACUGUGCCUCUCAAGGGCACCUCCCUGGACCCAAGGUUUGUGUUUCUGCUGGACCGAGGACUGGACAUCUAUGUGUGGCGGGGCGCCCAGGCCACACUAAGCAGCACCACCAAGGCCAGGCUCUUCGCAGAGAAGAUUAACAAGAACGAGCGGAAAGGGAAGGCAGAGAUCUCACUGCUGAGGCAAGGGCAGGAGCCUCCUGAGUUCUGGGAGGCCCUGGGCGGGGAGCCCUCUGAAAUCAAGAAGCAUGUGCCUGAUGACUUCUGGCCCCCCCAGCCCAAGCUGUAUAAGGUGGGUCUGGGCCUGGGCUACCUGGAGCUUCCCCAGAUCAACUACAAGCUUUCUGUGGAGCACAAGACACAGCCCAAAGUGGAGCUGCUGCCCAAGAUGCGGCUGCUGCAGAGCUUGCUGGACACACGCUGUGUGUAUAUCCUGGACUGCUGGUCUGACGUGUUCAUCUGGCUGGGCCGCAAGUCCCCCCGCCUAGUGCGUGCGGCUGCCCUCAAGCUGGGCCAGGAGCUGUGUGGAAUGCUGCAUCGGCCCCGCCACACUGCUGUUAGCCGAAGCCUGGAGGGCACCGAGGCACAGGUGUUCAAGGCCAAGUUUAAGAACUGGGAUGAUGUGCUGACAGUGGACUAUACACGCAAUGCAGAGGCUGUGCUGCAGGGCCCUGGGCUAACCGGCAAGGUGAAGCGUGAUGUGGAGAAGAAGGAGGGGAUGAAGGCAGACCUCACAGCGCUCUUCCUGCCACGCCAGCCACCCAUGGCCCUGGCUGAGGCAGAGCAGCUGAUGGAGGAGUGGAAUGAGGACCUGGAUGGCAUGGAGGGCUUUGUGCUUGAGGGCAAGAAGUUUGCCCGACUACCUGAGGAGGAGUUUGGCCACUUCUACACACAGGAUUGCUACGUCUUCCUCUGCAGGUACUGGGUGCCCGUGGAGUAUGAGGAAGAGGAGGAAAAGAAAGAUGAGAAGGAUGUGGAGAAGGCUGGAUCGGAGGGCAAAGAUGGCGAAGAGGCGGAGGUGGAGAAGCAGCCAGAGGAGGACUUCCAGUGCAUAGUGUACUUCUGGCAGGGCCGUGAGGCCUCCAACAUGGGCUGGCUCACCUUUACCUUCAGCCUGCAGAAGAAGUUUGAGAGCCUCUUCCCGGGCAAGCUGGAGGUGGUGCGCAUGACACAGCAGCAAGAAAACCCCAAGUUCCUGUCGCAUUUCAAGAGGAAGUUCAUCAUCCACCGGGGCAAAAGGAAGACUGCGCAGGGAGGCCUGCAGCCCAGUCUCUACCAGAUCCGCACCAACGGCAGUGCCCUCUGUACCCGGUGCAUCCAGAUCAACACCGACUCCAGCCUCCUCAACUCUGAGUUCUGCUUCAUCCUCAAGGUUCCCUUUGAGAGUGAGGACAACCAGGGCAUUGUGUACGCGUGGGUGGGCCGGGCAUCUGACCCCGAUGAGGCCAAGCUGGCAGAGGACAUUCUCAACACCAUGUUUGAGGCCUCCUACAGCAAGCAGGUCAUCAAUGAAGGUGAGGAGCCCGAGAACUUCUUCUGGGUGGGUAUUGGGGCUCAGAAGCCAUAUGAUGACGACGCAGAGUACAUGAAGCACACAAGGCUCUUCCGAUGCUCCAACGAGAAGGGCUACUUCGCAGUGACUGAGAAGUGCUCAGACUUCUGCCAGGACGACCUUGCCGAUGAUGACAUCAUGUUGCUGGACAAUGGCCAUGAGGUGUACAUGUGGGUGGGUACCCAGACAAGCCAGGUAGAAAUCAAACUCAGUCUUAAAGCCUGCCAGGUUUACAUCCAGCACCUGCGCUCCAAGGAGCAUGAGCAGCCACGCCGCCUGCGUCUCGUCCGCAAGGGCAAUGAGCAGCACGCCUUCACCCGCUGUUUCCAUGCCUGGAGCACCUUCCGUACUGCACCAGCAUAGGGUGUCUGCCACCUGCAGCCAGGACACACCACAGCCCUGUCUCUGGGAGAUGGAGAAAGGUCCCCCAACCCCCUCACCCUGUGCCUCAUGUCCCAGCAGCAGCAGCAGUGCAGGACCCCAGCACCACCCUGGACACCAGACUCCCUCACUAAGCACGUGUGAUAGGCCCUACUAGCAGAAAUGAGGUAGACAGGGCUGGCCUUUGUGAGAUAUUAAAUGCUUUUAUUUUCAGUAUUAAAAA